AAUCCAUUUAUCGCCAUUUAUGUAAUAUAAUUUUCAUAUUCUUUUUAUUUUUUUUAUAUACUGCCGUCGUCAAGCUUAUCACCAUUACCAGAUUAAACACUAGAGACGUUAUAGUUCCUUUUCAUCUGUGUUUCGCUUCAGUAUUCAUCAUUUAAUGCUGUGAAGAAUACAUCAAAGACUGAAUUAUAUAUGUAUCAAAUCUUUUAGAACAUGUUGAAGAUGAAGAUGAAAAAAAACUUUUUUGGAUAUUAAUGUAAUUAAAAGCAGUAAAAAAAAGAAAGAAAGAAGCUUAAUUUAAGGUGAUCCAAAGGCCUCAAUAGAAAAGGCAAAAAUGCAGUCGUAUACAACACUGAACAUUGCUACUAAUAACACAGAGAUGGUGUUUGCACUGCAACUCCCAUUAGACAUUUGCUUCGCCUUUCAAACAAACAAAAAAUUAAUUCAAGUCCUGCUAUCAGCUUACAAAACUGGAAAGGGGAGCAGGUCACAAUCUCCAUAUGUUGAUGUUAGUAUUACAUAUUGCAACAGGCGUGGUCAAACUUUUUGACUGGGGGGCCGGGUCAGGAGCAGUUAGAUGGAGCAUUCAUGUGAACUAAGAUAAAUGACAUGUAAAAGUCAUGCAUAAAGACCAAAAUGCUAAGGUGAUUUUAUAAUUUUCUACGCUAUCAAUUGGGGAAACGUGGUUAUUGCGGGGAAAAGGCAGCAGUAUAAUGAUCAUAUAAACAAAUUAUAUAAUUUUGAAAUGUUUGGCUGGUCAGAUUAAAAAGAUGAAUGGGCUGCAUCCGCCCCCAGGCCUUAAUUUGCCCAUGCCUGUAUUACAUGAAAUCAGGAAUGUCAUUCUGUCAUUGUGCUUGUUGCCUUGAAAGCACACAACACUGACUCAGCGUGAUAUUCUACAAUUAGCAGUCAAUUCAGGGCUUGUGUCACAGACACUUUAACACUGUUGUCUUGCUCUAAUUCGAUGUUUCUCCUGUGCAUGUUUGAUUUAUUUUAUUUAUAUCUACAGUGUUUGCAUUUAUCAGCAUGAUUUCCUGCACCAUGGAUCAUAAAAGAUUUAGUGAAAGCACAUUUGGCGUGCUGUUCUUGGAAAAAAGUUAUAAAAAGAAUCACCGAUAUAAUUACAGCAGCUGGGCUACACAAGGAUUAUUUUCUGCAAUAUAAUGGUUACUUCUAAUCGGUCAUUUGUUUUUGUGGUGUUUUAAUGUAGAAAUGGUUGAAAUUGUCAAUGAGGAAACUCUCAUUCAUCAUAAUUUUACUAGUUUUUCCCGACAUACCAGAAGUGUUCAGUCACCUAAAAUAAAAUAAAAUGGAAAUGAAACAAUUAUCUACUCAUUAUGAAAUAUUUGACAAUAUUUUUUAUUAAUAAUAAAUAAUAACAAUUUGCUGUAAUAGUGAAUUGAAUGAAAACCCAAAACACUUCAGAUACAGUGACAUGAAGGCCUAAAAGGUUUUGAUAAGUAUAAUUUUAUGUUGUGGUGACACAUAUCGAAUUGUAUUCAAUUUUCCAAUUGACCAUUUGCAUUUUAAAAAUAGAGAAUGAAACCAGUAAUUAAUACAUAUGUAAUUUAUUUUUACUCUUUGACAUUCGAAUGUUUUAUUUGUGUGUAUUAUAAAAUAGUCUAUUUAUUUUUGUAUCAAACAUGUUCUAGUAAUUAUAACUUAUAAAUAUGUUUGUCGCCCCCUUGUGUCAAAUAUAAAAUACUGCCGAGGACUGAAGGCACGUCACUUCCGAUGUUCUUCCUGUUUAUUAUUUCACAGCCCGCAGUACAUAGAAUGAACAGUUUCCGCAACGGUCUCAGUUGUGAAAGAGAGCAGACGCAUGUCUCGGAUCAGGACCACGCUCGACAGUGUCACCAAGGCAGUUGGCAGCACGGACCUGAUCUCCAAGAUUUCUCGCCUGAAGCCUGGUGGUGCAGCAGUCAGUGGCGCCCAUGUGGACAACAUCCUGGUCAACUCUGAGACCCCAAACAACAACUCUGCUCCCCCGUCACCUGAAGCCAUCAUGAAAGAAGAGGACGAAGGUGGAAAGAAUGUGGCAGAGAAGGAGCAGGAGGUUCAAGUGAGAGAAAAUUCUGUCGUUGCCACCAAGAAAUCCAAACCCAGUUUACUCUCGGCUGCCAACGUCUCGUCCUCCACUGUGGCAAAACAAACCAUCCAGCUGUUUCAACCGGCAGCUCUUUCCACCAACAUGGAUGAAACCUAUAAAACUCUGGCCCAGCACGUCAACAAUUACUUUGGUAUGACCACGCAGGAAGAAGUAGAGAACACAGCACAGCAGCAGGACAGAGUUGGUGACAGAGCUCAGAGUUCUGACUCUGUUCCUCACCUGUCCUCUCAGAGAGCAAAGGAACCAGUUCUUAUUGCAUCUCCAGUAGCAGAGGCUAAGAUUAUUGAAGCAACAACUACCUCACCUUCUAUAUCCAUAACACAAAACCCUGCAUGUGGGACACCGCCCUCCUCUGACACCCCCAAAACAGAAAAUGCUACUCGUACAGGUCCUUUGACGACUACCUCCGCCAAGAAGGGCUUUACCCAGUAUCUGUCCUACCCACGGCCCAGUGUUCAGUCUUUUGUUGGCAGCUACAUUGCACCACUGGUCCCUAAAUUCAGAGGUGACUCCAAAGGCAACACAGCUGAGAAAGACAGAGUUCCAGCGGUCGCUGCAGAGGAGCCUGCUACUGAUUGCAAGGUCACGGAGAAGACGGAGAGUGAAGAGGGGAAAGUAGAUGAAGCAAAGCAGCAGCUGUUGACGCAAAGACAGAAGAUAACAGCCAGGGUGGGUGUUGACAACCGGACCAGAACUCUGGUCAAAGGGCUUCAGGGAGUCGGUGAUGUUAAGCUCCUCACUACUCGAGUGGAGGAGCUCAGCUUCCAUCUGCUGGAGUUCCCUGAGACCCGAGCUGCGGCCGUCAAGGAGAGCGUGUUGCCCUGCCUGCUGCGUUUGCGUCAAGCCAGAGACCUCCCUCUCCAGGCUGCUGUACGAGAAGCGCUGGCUCUGGUCGGCUACGUCGAACCAGUCAAAGGACGGGGAAUUCGAGUCCUGGCCAUCGAUGGAGGAGGAACUAGGGGUCUGCUGGCUCUACAGACUCUCCAUAAACUGCAGGACCUGACUGGGAAACCAGUCCACCAACUCUUCGACUACAUCUGUGGAGUCAGCACAGGAGCCAUCUUGGCCUUCAUGUUGGGGAUUUAUCAAAUCCCCCUGGAGGAAUGCGAGGAGAUGUACAGGAAGUUGGGCUCGGACGUUUUCAAGCAGAAUGUCAUUGUCGGGACCAUGAAGAUGGGCUGGAGCCACGCCUUCUAUGACAGUGAAAUCUGGGAAAACGUUCUCAAGGAACGCAUGGGAGAAGGUUGUAUGAUAGAGAGUGCCAGGGACCCACACUGCCCCAAAGUGUCAGCAGUCAGCACUAUUGUAAACAGGGGUCUACCACUGAAGGCCUAUGUGUUCAGGAACUACAGACUCAUGCCUGGAGUGAGAUCCCACUACCUUGGAGACUGCAAACACAAAAUGUGGCAGGCCAUCAGGGCCUCGUCCGCCGCCCCAGGAUACUUCCAGGAAUUUGUCCUGGGAAAAGAACUUCAUCAGGAUGGAGGCCUUCUUAUUAACAACCCCACGGCGUUGGCCAUACAUGAGUGCAAGUGUCUGUGGCCCAACACACCCCUGCAGUGUGUGUUGUCUUUGGGCACCGGACGAUACGAGACGGCAGGAAAGAACAACACCACCUACACCAGCCUGAAGGCCAAGCUCACAAAUGUCAUCAGCAGUGCCACAGACACUGAGGAGGUGCACACCAUGCUGGACGCCCUCCUGCCACCCGAUACCUACUUCCGCUUCAACCCCUACCUGAGUGAAGACAUCCCGUUGAACGAAAGUCGCCUGGAGAAGCUGAACUUCCUCAAGAGCGAAGGGGAGCACUACCUGAAGCGCAACGAGGCCAAGCUGAAGAAAGCAGCCAGCGUCCUAGGCCAGGAGAAGAGCAGCAUCCAGAGACUGGCCGAGUGGGUCAAACUGAAGACGGACAUGUAUGAGGGUCUGCCCUUCAUGUCCAAGCUGUGAUUAUUUCAACCAUAACAACGGAGUUCGGUUUUUAAAAAAACCCCAGUACUGUAAAACCUCCCAUAUCUAACAGGGAUCAAGGGUCAAUUGUUUUAGCAUGUAGGGAGGAACAAAAACUUUGGGAUCAUCUUUAAAAAAACACAAAAGAUAAUUAAUAGUAACAACUAUUAGCCUUCAAUGUUUCUAACAUCCAAAUACGUCAACAAUGGUGUUAAAUACAGCUGCUGCAUGAAAGGACUUGAAUGUUAUAAAAAAA